AUGCCCAAAAAAGCCUUACAAAAGAUUGAUGACUUUUACCAUCCCAAGCCUCAUCCUUAUAUACUCAUUCACCAACAAGACCGAUACCACAGUAAUUGGCGUUGCGUGAGUCAAUCUGCAACCAUCUACGUAUCUGCUACAAAUCUGUCGCAAUUAAAUCCAGUUACUUCAACUUUUUGCUACAAUUUUUUACAAAAAGCGAGCAGUAAAUGCUUAAUUUGAGAAAUCGCCUGAUUGAGUAGCGUUUUUUCGCUUUCUUACUCCAGCUAAUUUAUACUAUUAUUUAUUUUUGAGCUUUUGCUGUCAGUGUGCGUCUUGGAUUGAAAUGAUAUAUUUAUGUUUCUGAAAAUUUGAACACUAACUACUUGAUUUUAUAAUAUAAAGGUUGAUGUUUGUCCUGAGACAACUAAAUAUUUUUGUAGCUUUUGGUUGUAAAAAGGGCUGGUCAGAAAACGGUAAGAUGUGUGCAGAGCAAAAGUAAGUCAAAGCGUAGGUCACGUAAAAGAGAAGUAAAAGGAGUGUAGGGUUUGAAUAGUGCUAGAAUAACGCUGUAGUUAAAUUACGAAAAAGCACAUCAAUGACAAAGCAAGACCAAAGUAAAGCAUUCGUAGGGUAUAGGGCAUGGCAAGGUUAGAUCAAAGGCAGAAUUAAGGCUGAAGCUAAGGGGUCAAAAAUGAAAGGCUAAGAAGAGAAAAACUGAGGGGCUUGGACGGCUAAGGCUAAGGCUAAAAUUAAGGCUAAGGCUAAGGCUAAGGCUAAGGCUAAAGCUAAGACUAAGGCUAAGGCUAAGGCUAAGGCUAAGGCUAAAGCUAAGGCUAAGGCUAAGGCUAAGGCUAAGGCUAAGGCUAAAGCUAAGGCUAAAGCUAAGACUAAGGCUAAGGCUAAGGCUAAGGCUAACGCUAAGGCUAAAGCUAAGGCUAAAGCUAAGGCUAAGGCUAAGGCUAAGGCUAAGGCUAAGGCUAAGGCUAAGGCUAAGGCUAAGGCUAAGGCUAAGGCUAAAGCUAAGGCUAAAGCUAAGACUAAGGCUAAGGCUAACAAGGGAAUGUUACAAAAUUCCCAUUCGCUUUUUAAAAAUGAACAGCACCAUGUGAAAGAGCGUAAAAAGUUGACUAGAAAUCUAUUUUCAAAAACUGCUAAUUUUGCUUUACAAGCCCGCUAG